GCACGCACGCAACUUAACGAGACGAAAUUUAUAUGUUUACAGUCACGUGUUAAUAGCCGUCUGUGUAGCGAAACAAUGUUGAAAUGUGACGUUCGAUUGAAGAUGCUUUAAAGUUGUGUUGUGUUAAAUGGAGCCGAUAGGUGUUGCGUGGGGCAAGUCGGGCGUGUGUAUGCCGUGCUUAGUGAUAUUGGUUGCCUUGUCAACCAUGGUCCGAGGGCUCGUGGAGACCGAGGAGUUCAUGAGUGACCUGGACUUGCCGAUUCCAACGGCUCAUGUGGCUGGUGUGGUGGGGAAGAAGGCAGCACUGCCAUGCGACACGCAACCACUAUCAACUGAUGAUGGUGCUGCAAUGGUGUUAUGGUUUAAGGAAGCGGAUUGGGAACCAUUAUACAGCUAUGACAUCAGGGGUCGUACACCGAGUCAGCCCAAGCUGUGGUCUUCUCCAAGUGGCUUCGGAUCUCGGGCUUAUUUUCGCGCGACUGCCGUACCAGCGAUCCUGCUCCUAGAUAACGUCAGUACCGCCGACACUGGAAUCUAUCGCUGCAGAGUUGACUUUAGAAACUCACCAACCAGGAAUUUAAGGGUCAACUUCACAGUUAUUACGCCACCAAACCGACCAGUCAUAAUAGAUGGAAAGAGCAGAGACCACACGAGGCUGCUAGAGCCUUACGAUGAAGGUGAGACCUUGGAGCUGCUCUGCGAAGUUCACGGAGGUGAUCCUCGGCCAAGUUUGAUAUGGUACUUAGAGAACACAGUAAUUGAUGACUCGUAUGAACAACGAAAUGACGGCGUUACGGUAAAUAAUCUAACGUUCCCGAGCAUUGGUCGGCAGCAUCUCAACGCGCGGCUCAUCUGUCAGGCAUCGAACACUAACCUAGCGCCGCCGCAAGCCAAACUUCUAAUAUUGGAUAUAAAUCUUAGGCCACUCACCGUCCAAAUAUUGAACAAGAAUAGGCAACUAUCAGCAGACAGAAGCUAUGAAGUAGAAUGCAAAACAUCUGGAUCAAGGCCAGAAGCCCAAGUCACUUGGUGGAAAGGGUUUAAACCUAUGAGGAAGAGGGCUAAGAAUUUUUCUGACACUAAUUCAACAACGAGCGUUCUGACAUUUGUGCCUGAAGCUGAAGAUCACGACAAUCAAUUGAUCUGCCGAGCUGAGAACCCUCGUGUUGCCAAUUCUAUUAUAGAAGAUAGUUGGCGAUUAAAUAUACACUAUGUACCAAUAGCAACGCUCAAAAUGGGUUCGAAUUUAAACCCUAAUCACAUAAAGGAGGGAGACGAUGUCUAUUUUGAAUGCAACGUGCAGUCCAACCCCAAAGUGAACAGACUAGCUUGGUAUAAAGACUCACAAGAAAUCCAACACAAUGCCAGUUCAGGAAUCAUUCUUAGCGAUCAAAGCCUUGUCCUGCAAAGCGUGAACAGAACAGCUUCAGGCGAUUACAGCUGUCUCGCACACAAUAGUGAAGGCAGUGCUUCGAGUAACCCCUUCUCUUUACAAGUUAGAUAUGUUCCUACAUGCAAAUUACCAGAAGUCGGUCAAGUAUUAGGAGCACUAAAAACUGAAUUAAUACAGUUAUAUUGUAUUGUGGACUCCAACCCGGAACCUUCUAACUUUGAGUGGACUAUCAGCAGAGCUGGUGACCAAAGUGAUAUACCUCCAAGCUUGUAUAGGAUAAAAGGUAAAACAUCUGUGCUGAAUUAUACUCCAGUUGAAGACAGAGAUUUCGGUACGAUAUCCUGCGUGGCCACCAAUUCUGUAGGAAGGCAGGAGAUACCAUGUAUUUACAACCUCGUUGCUGCCGGUCGACCUACGUCAUUACAGAAUUGUAGUGUGUUAAAUCAAAGUGAAGAUAGUUUACAAGUGGAUUGCUUAGAAGGCUUCGACGGAGGACUUCCACAAGUGUUCAUUCUUGAAGUACUUGAACUACCGUCCAAAAUUGUUCAUGCGAACAUAACUUCAAACAACACUCCCAGCUUCGAGCUGUUAGGGUUGGACAAAGGCAUGAGUUAUGCCCUCAAUUUGUAUGCGGCGAAUGCGAAGGGUAGGAGCGAAGUGGUAGCCCUGUAUACAAUAGCAGUCCAGUCACCAGAUAAAUAUACAGGAGCCAGCAACCCGUUUAACUUUUCUCCGUUGAUCACGUCACUUGUAGCAAUGUUAGCGCUUCUCAGCGCUGUGGCAUGCGCUAUUAUCAUAGCAUUGUAUCGUAGACAGUUUAUCAGGCGACACGUGAAGCAACCUCCAUCCACGAAUGCUUUAUACUCCGACGAUAGUGUGGAGUCGUUCCCAAAGAAAGAUAAUCUGCCAACAUACACCGCUUCCCCGAAAGUCGAUUACAGCAGCCAAUACGAGCUGCAGAUGGACGCAGAAAUGGAUGAUGAUCCAGACAUAAUACCCGUUCAAUUUGAUAAAAAACCAAUAGAUGAAUAUUGUAAAUCAAAACUGGUAACGGAGGAUAUCAAAACAGUUAACCAACCGAUUGCCGUCGCAAAUAAUGGGCACAUAUCAUUCGUGAACCGAGGCGUGACAGCGAGGGGUGUUGACAUCACCGCCUCCAGGCACGAGGUCGUUACUGCCUUGAGGCGAGUGCGGGAAUCCUGCAUAUAGGAAUAAUACGUCGCAAAUACAGAUUAUCGUACCAAAAUUAUGAAAAAAAUAUGUAUAUUUUCGUGUUAACGACGUUUAGUUAUGUAUAUUAUUAUGUAAGAAAUAUAAAAUGAAAUUUAUGAUUUGUUUAGAAUAAAUAUGUACAUUUUCUAUUCAUGAUAACUUCUAUUCGAUAAUAAAUACGGUAAGAAAGAAUUUAAGCAGGAAUUGUUAUUGUAUAUCAUUUAUUUUCACACGCUUCACAGUAGCUUCAUUUGCUUGAACCCAAUAAAGUCAGUUUGUCAACAAAUCUACAAAGUUGAUUUUGAUUUAUAUCUGUUGCAUCAAUUUGAAACUUUGCAAAUAUAUGACUUUGCAAGCUGAUGACAAAAUUAUACGGUAGCAUGAAGCAGAUAAUGACUUAGCUGGCUGGUGAAAUGGAGCCUUUAAUAGUAAGCUCUGGCAGUUGGGUCUUAUUUGGUUUGCUUUUAUGACUCCUAUGAGUUAUUAGGCUUAAAGCCAUUUUUCACUAUGAUAUAGAUAUGAUGAGGAUAUACCUAGAAAUAUAUAUUAAUAUCACUUGCCAUCUUAAAUUAAUCAUAAAUGCUUGAUGCAUACCCCGUAAGUUAUAGCGGAAUGUUAUAUAGUCUCCUUAUUCUUCUUUUUUCUCAAUAAAUGGGCUAUUAACCGCAAGAAGAUUAUUUUAAUCCGGAUUGGU